GUAAGCGCCCUUCACCCCCUCAUUCGUUUCUGAGAAGCAACGAGACAUCAUCAUGCCCGAGCCAGCAAAGUCAGCGCCCAAGAAGGGCUCCAAGAAAGCCGUCACCAAGACCGCAGGGAAGGGCGGCAAGAAGCGCAGAAAGUCCAGGAAGGAGAGUUACGCCAUCUACGUGUACAAAGUCCUGAAGCAGGUCCACCCCGACACCGGCAUCUCCUCCAAGGCCAUGGGAAUCAUGAACUCCUUCGUGAACGACAUCUUCGAGCGUAUCGCCGGAGAGUCCUCUCGCCUGGCCCACUACAACAAGCGUUCUACCAUCACCUCCAGGGAGAUCCAGACCGCGGUGCGCCUGCUGCUCCCCGGUGAACUUGCCAAACACGCCGUGUCCGAGGGCACCAAGGCCGUAACCAAGUACACCAGCUCCAAGUAAACAGCGCAUUUGGACUGCUCUACUAACCCAAAGGCUCUUUUAAGAGCCACC